AUGGCUGUAGGACAAGCUGGAGCUUCAGUAAAUGAAUCCAUUCACUCAGGAUUAUUCACGACUUACAGAGAACUGGCCUCAAAUGCACUUUCACUAAAAGGAAAAAGGCUGGAUUUUUAUGGAAGAGCUGACACAAAUGUAAGCCUGAUGAAUACCAUUCCAGAACUCAAGCAAUUCACAGCAUGCAUUGACCUGGUAUUCAUGGAUGACAAAUCAAGUGAUUGAAUGGCUUUCUCCUAUAUUACUAAUAACACCUUCCUGGGCAGAGAAGACAUAGAUCUUGGACUUGCAGAAGACUAUCAGCAGCUAAUACUAUACAACUUGGGCAAGAUCUUUUAUAUCCCUUACCACCUCACCCCAUUUCAAUGGCAUACAGUAUGCUUGAGAUGGAAUGGUGUGAAGGGUAGAUUAGAGCUCUUUCUAAAUAAAGAAAGGAUACGUAUGAUGGAUCAACCACAAAACUUGACACUUAAUGGGACUUUGGUUCUAGGACAUUUUCUCAAGAACAGAGACAGCCAGGUUAAAAGCAUGGUGCCUUGCUUCACUGGCAGCUUGUACUACUUUCAACUCUGGGACCACAUCCUGGAAAAUGAGCAGUUUAUGAAGUGUUUGGAUGGAAAUGUAGUUAGUUGGGAAGAAGAUGUUUGGCUUGUCAACAAGAUCAUUCCAACUGUUGACAUGAGACUGUGCUGCUUUGUUUCUGAAAAUCUAACAAUUCAAGAACAAAUAGAUUUGACAACCCCAUCUCAAGUUAUUGGACUAAAAUCACAAAAGACCAUAUAUUCUUCUACAGUGGUGUCUAAAAGCAUGCCUAUAUUUGCAACUGAUUAUACAACCAUAACACAUUUCAAUACAACAUCUCCACCUCUGGACAUGACUGCACCAAAUUUUUUAAAGACAUCCAUAGCUGAGACAGUUACAUUCACAGCAGACAUUUUGUUUGCUUCAGCAGCCAUUGUUCAACCUACCAAGAUUACAUCCAUGGGCACUACUACCAAUUACACAAAAAUAACCAAAUCUUCAUCUUCAGAGAGCACAAGAACAACAAAAAUGACUGAAGUCAUUGCUACUGAGACCAUUCAUCCAACUAUAGCUACUGAUUUCCUAUACACAUCUGGAUUUACCAAGAAUUCAAUUGUAUCCAAAACUUCAGCAAAUGAAUCUCAGUUGGCCAUUAUGAAGACAAUAUCUUUAUUUUCAUCUAUUGAGUUGACAUCCAUGUCUACAUCUUGAGCCAAGAAGAAAUCUACAGGAACCAGGGCACUCUCUAUCUCCACAGUUAGUCAGGAGUUUCUUGCAGUGGCUGGAACUGUACCUUGGUUCACGAUGAAACAAACUUCAGCUGCAACUACUUACAUUGAGACUGCAUCAGUAUUCCCACCUGAGUCUGUGCUCAUCGCCACAGCUACUCCAGUAGAUGCCGUAUUUCCUAGAAAUCAGGCAGCAUGUACAUUGGCAACAACUGAUACAGAAAUAUUAUUUGAAGUUCAUUCAAUGACGCUCCCAACUAAGCCUAUUGAGAUGACUCCUGAGCUAACAGCUGAAACAGAAUUGACAUCUGCAAAUUUCCAGGAUGUCUCUCCACCCAGAGUGGAGGAUACAAUAUCUACCUUCAUGCCGACAGAGGAUUCUCCUAUGGCCCUUUCUUUCAGGACAUCUUCUUCAUUCACUGGAGCUCAGAGUACAGUUAUUGAUGCUGAGACUACACAUACAGCCUUGACUCUUGGAAUCACACUUGCACUUACAGUGGCUCAAAGUAUAUUUUCCCCUAUAACCACUGGGCCAGUAUAUACCCCGAGUACACCCAUAGAUGGUGAAAACAUGUUUCCUUUUAUUUCCACUAGAUCAGCUUCCACAUUCAAAGCAUCUGAGUCUGGUCCCACAUCAAUAAAUGAUGAAGGUGUCCAUCUAUUCUCCACCAGUGAGAUCACUUGGAUUUCCAGGCCAGACCAGACCCUGUUGACAUCAGUAUUCCAUGGGAGUGCUUCUAAUACAGGACAUUCAUCCACAACAACUAAUAUUAUUAUCCCAUCAGGAACACCCAUAGAGAGUAAGGCUAGCACUACCACUGACUCUAUUUUUACUACUGAUGCUAUUACAGACAGGUAUACAACAGCUCUAUCUAACUUGACAUAUUCAUGGUUUACUGAUUUCUCCACAGUUUCUGGAACCACAUCUGUAACCAAACUGCAUGAAUAUAAACUUACCACCUUACUAUUAAAAUUCACCCCUAUGUUCCCAGUAGUUGGAAAUGAACUUCUUUCAACAUCAAGGGAGACAGUUAUUCCACCAGUAGAUAAAAUAUAUACCCUUGCUGACAUUGAACCAUUUUUUUCUACUGAGGAGAAUGCUUCUGAGAUCACACAAACAGAGAUAAAAGGUACAAUUGCAUUUGGAGAGACAACAAUCCCUGUACCAGAGACUACAACAACACAAAGAUUCAAUGUUACUGUAACAAGGAAAGAAACAACUUCCCAUUAUCUUAAGGGAAAAUCAACUAUAGCAGAGACAACUGAAGUUUCUCCAUUUGCAACAAUGUUGGAAGCAACAGAUGAGUCUGCACAAAUGGUGACAGCUUCUGUUACAAUUUCUUCUUUUCCUGAUUUAGAAAAGUUAUCUACUCCAUUGGAUGAUGAAACUGUAACUACUGAGAUGAGAGGAAGUUGGCUUUCUACACAAUGGGUGAAAAUCACAUCUAAGAGUUCAUACAAUGGAACGACAGAAAUCCUUAAUUACGCCCACACCUACACAGCACAUUGGACUUCAGAGACUCCACCUGAAGGAAAUUCAACUCCAUCUCUCGGUUCUGGAGGUGCACAGACAUUCCCUAAACCCCUGGGUGCUUCCACUACAAAAAUGUUGGAGACCAAUUUUGCCACUAUCCAUACAAACAGAGCAGCUAUGUCCUUGUCUGCUGGUAUCUUACUUCCACAGCCUACAGCUAGCCAUUCCUCAGCAACCCUUGUGCCUAUUACCCAUAUGUUCUCACUGCCAGUUAAUAUCUCUGCUGUUACCACUACGGUAGUGUUUAAGGAGACUAAUGUUACCAUGUCUAAGCCUUCUACAUUGGCCAGAUCCUCCACAUCUAUACUCUCAGAUGUUUCAACUCUGUCAUCAGCUAAAGUGACCACAACAUCGGUGCUUCCACAAUCAACGAUUUUGCCUACCCACAGUGUCUUGACUCACUCCACUUCAGAGGCCACAGUGAUCUCUGUCAAGAUAACACCCACAGCAGUUCCCUCUCUGACAGAAACUCCAGUCCCCUCACUGAGACCUAUCACUCUUGUGGCAACUAAGCCUGAGCCCAAGCUUCUCUCUAUCUCAGCUGACAUAGUAACUCCAUCCACACCCACUCUGGCCUGCUCUAAAUCUCUCCCUAACAACAUCCCUCUUGUGUCCUCCACUCAUAUGAUCUCAACUAUGUCUAUACCAGUAGCAACCCAACCUAUAUCUCAAGUGGAGGAGACUUCUACUCAUACUCUCAGCUUUCCGUAUACUUUCAGUAGUAGUGGAGAUGAUGUUACCUUGGUUACUCUUGUUGAUAAGACCAUGCCCUCACACACCUCUCCCAACAAGCUUAGUACUUCAGUAGGUGGUCAUAUUUCUCAAUUUUCUACACAUCUUGCAAACACACUGGUCCCCACCCUAUCAGUGACUGAUGUUUCUACCUUGUCUUCUGACAAAGAGCAGAUGACCACCUCCCUGGGAAACACCCCUGAAACUAUGGAGGUGACAGAAAUGUCCCCAUCAAAGUAUCCUUUUAUUUCUGAGUCCCAGAGUACUUCAUGCUUUGAAAUGACAAGUACAGGAUUUGCUGAGACCAAAAAACAUUCCAGUCACCAAACACAUUCAUCCUCAGAUAUUCCACUUGCAACUCCACCUGACGGGAUUUCAGCUUCAUCUCCUGCUUCUGGGAGUACACCUAUCUGGACUUCAAGUAACACAAAUGUUGACAUUUCAGAAAUGUCUACCAAUCUUAGGAAAACAGCUCUCCCUUCACAAGUUCUGACAAUUACCACACUUUUGCCUCCUGAAAAAGAAAGCAUGAGUGCCCUUUCAAUAUAUACUCCCAGAACUGAAAAAAUGAUAGUAAGCACCACCUCUGUGACUCACCCUUUCUCAUGCUAUCAAGAUACUUCAUUUAUAGAUACCACAACUUCCAAGACAAUCAAAAUAUCAAAUCCUGUAAACACCAACACAACUCUUUCACACUUGCUUUCAUCCAGGACUCAACCUGAGGUGACUUCAAUUGCCUCUCCCAUUUCUGAAAGUACACAGACCUCUCCUGAGUCCCUGUCUCUUUCUACAACUGGACUAUCUAGUACCAAUUUUACAAUUGUCUCUACUGACAGAACCACUAUAGUUCCUCCUGCUCCAAAUGUAACUAUGGCACUUCUUGGGAAAACUUCUAUGGCAACUUCUAUUCCUAUCUACCAGAUGUACUCACUGCCAGUUAGUGUUACUUCCUUCACCUCCAAAAUAAUGUCUGACACUCCCACAAUACUAAUGAUUAAAUCUUCUAAAACAGCACCUCCAAAUUGUUUGAAAAGUCCCUCUAUAGUCACUUCUAGGCCCGUGUCUGAAACGUCCUCAACAUCAGUUCAUGACUCUGCUUUCUCACCUGUAGCUGUUUCUUCUGGCACUUCCACAACAGUUAGAUCAUGCUCUACUUUACUGCAUUCAAUUACCUCUAGGAUUACUAUGCCCAUACAAACAUUUACAUUGGAUGUCACACCUGUGACAUAUGCUGGGCUUGCUUCAAAAAAGACAAAAUUGUCCUCCGCUUUUACUAAUUCAGAAAUGACAGAGAUGUCCUCCAGGAUCAUACCUCCAUCCUUUCCCUCUCCAACGUCAACUUUUUCUUCUGUGAAAACCAAUCCAAUCACUAGAAUGGCUAGAGUGGUGACUCCCUAUGUAGGCACCACUGCCUCCUCUCUACACACUACUAAGAUUACUGAAGUUAUUUCUUCCACUCUAAAGACCACAUUUUCACCAUUUCUAUCAACAGCCCAACAAUCAUCCCAAGGACAUGAGGCUACAACUCUGGGCAUAUUAUCUGGGAUUACUAACAGUUCCCUAUAUGCUGUAAGCAGUGGUAGAAUAGCAGCUCUCACAAAUACUUAUUCCAGAACUGUUGUCCUUAAAAGUGUGCUUUCAUCUACUCCUUCAGCUAAUCUCCAUACUUCCUUGAACAUUCAAGUUUCCUCAUCUUUGACUAGCUUUAAGAGCACUCCUGGACCCACAAAAAAUAUAAAAUCCACCACUUACCUUUCUUCGAAUACAAAAAAGAUGACUUGCUUGUCAGAAAAUACAACAGCUGAACUAACAAAAGGUGCCACAUCUGUGAAUGCUCCUGUUUUAUACCUUUCAUGGACUCUAUCCAGCGCAACUCCACCCUCUUUGACAUCAUUUGUUUUUUCACCUCAUAGUGCUGAAACUGAGUUCUAUAUUCCAAAUACUUCUCUUCCUCCUACAUCCCAAAUGGUUGAAUUUCCAGUUCUUGGAACAAGAACCACAUCUAGUAACAACCAGUCUCUGCUUAUGACUUCCUGGAACACACCCACGACUGAAGAUUCUCAAUUUCCUAGUUUCACCACUACUCAUGUACUUACACCCAACAAGAUGGAAACAGAGGCUCCAUACCCUGUUCCUGGGUCUUUGUCAACAGUCACAGCCUCUCAGACUGCUCUUAUAUCUGGAGAUGUUAUGGCAAUGUCAUCAGUUGCCAUAUCGUGAAUUCUUCCUACCUUGGGGAUGUCUGAGAGCCCUUCAUUAUCAAUAUCUUCAAGAUCUGUCCCUACCAUUUUGGUUGACAUUAAGCAGACAUUUGAGAAGACAAUCACAACUAUAACUCUUGGGACAAUAUUCCCAUCGAAUCUUUCUGGUGCUGCUUCAGGUUCUAUAAUUUCAAAGGCUACUACUUCACCCAUGCUGAUUUGGAUCUUCUCUAGUCUCCCUUCAGGUUCCCCUAUGGCAACUGUAUCUAAUAUUCCUCACAUUGUAACGUCCUCUACAGUGGAGGUGUCAAAAUCCACAUUUCUGACUUCUGACAUGACACCAACACUAUUCAUUAACUUUACAACACUACCCUUUCCUACUGUAAGCACCACACUCACCAAAACCACUACUAUGCCUACAGGGGGCGAUAUAGCUACUGGCAUCCCAACUUCUCUCCCUCUGUCUAUGAAAAUCAUAGAUGGCAGUGAAUGCAUUUCCAAAUCCCCUGAGGCUACUUCCAGAACUACUGUGACUGCCAACUCCAGGACUGUGUCUCAACCUUCAUCCUUUAGCAGAAUGAGUAUGUCACCUCCUACAACUGAUCACACCCUAUCUAUUGGUUCAACACUUCAGUCUAAUCCUGCAAUAAAAUCCAUGUGGAGCAGAAUCCCAGCAGCAUCAGCAUCCCCUACUUUAGUUUUUCCUAAGCCCACACUUGACUCCCUUUCAAAUAUAACCACCACUACAUCCACUGCUGUUAGACCCUCAUUUCCACUCACAUCCACUAGAAUAGCACAUCCUUAUACAGCAAUUCUGUCUUCAUUACUCUCUUCCUCUUUUGAGACAACUUGGCUGGAUUCCACACUUUCCUUUCUAUCUACGGAAACAUUGACUUCACCUAUUGCCACUGAGUCCAUAGUUUCCUUCUACAAUAUUAAAAUGAACUUCUCUGUCUUCAAUGAAGAGCCAGUGAUCCCCAUUACCAGUGUUGUAAAUGAAUUGUCAGGAAAUUGGUUGAAGUCUAUAUUUCAGGACAGUGAAUUUGCUCUCACUAAUCUGACUAUUCAAAUUAAAAGCAGAUCUCAGUGGCUAUGUACUUUUCUUUUGCAUUAUUUGGAACAGAGAGAAGGGCAAGAGAUGGCUACAAUUUCCUAUGUACUAUACAGAUGUGUUUGUCAGGCCAUUAUAAAAGCCAAUUCUUCUUUAGCAACCACCAAAUUGAUCAGUAGGAUCAAAAGUAAAAUACAUGGCAACUUCAUGUAUGGAAACUUCACAGGAGAUCAAUUGACGUUAUUAGUAAAGUCUGAAUAUAUUGCAGUGAAAAAACUAGAACCAGGAAAGUGCAAAGCCGAUGAGACAGUCUCUAAAUACAAAGGUACAUAUAAGUGGCUCUUAACCAACCCUAUUGAGACAGCCCAAACUAGAUGCCUAAAAAAUGAGGCUGAAAACGCUACUAGAAUCUGCUCAAUCAGUAUCGACACUGGCAAAUCUCAGUGGGAAAAACCAAAGUAUAAACAAUGCAAGUUGCUUCAAGAACUUCCUGAUAACAUUGUGAAUCUUGCUAAUAUUACUAUCAGUGAUGAGAAUGCAGAAGAUGUUGCAGAGCACAUUUUAAAUUUGAUAAAUGAAUCCCCCUUUCUGGAUGAAGAGGAAACAAAGAUUAUUAUUUCUGAAUUAUCCAUUAUUUCGCAAUGUGAUGAGAUAAGCAUGAACCUAACCCAGAUUAUAUUACAAAUAAUUGAUGCUACUUUAAGAAAGCAAAACCAUUCAGCAUCUGAUCUGCAUGAAGUAAGCAAUGAAACUCUGAUGAUAAUUGAGCAUGUUGGUCACAAGAUGGAGUUUUUUGGGGAGACAGCAAAUCUGACAGUGCCCAACAUGGCUUUGACUGUCCUGAGGGUGGACCACACAUUCGAAGGCAUGGCCUUUAGUAUUCACUCCUACAAGGAAGGCACAGACCCUGAGGGUUACCUAAACAAAGUCCCUCUGGGGAGGAUUUUGGCUUCCAUAUAUUUGCCUAAAUCACUGAGGAAGAGAAUUCUUCUUCGCAACUUACAGACCAUCUUGUUUAAUUUCUUUGGCCAAACUUCACUUUUUAAGAGCAAAAAUGUCAUUAAGGCAUUAACCACAUAUAUUGUGAGUGCCAGCAUUUCAGAUACAUCCAUUCAAAACUUGGCUGACCCAGUGGUUAUUACUCUGCAGCACAUUGAAGGAAAUCAGAAUUAUGAUCAAGUUCAGUGUGCCUUUUGGGACUUUGGGAAUAACAAUGGGCGAGGUGGAUGGAAUUCAUCAGGCUGUAAAGUAAAGGAAACCGAUAUAAAUUACACAAUCUGUCACUGUGACUACCUCACCCAUUUCAGAGUCUUAAUGGAUCUAUCUAGGUCUGCAGUGGAUGCAGUGAAUGAAUGGAUAUCAGUGCUUAUAACAUACACUGGGUGUGGAAUCUCCUCCAUUUUUCUGGGAGUUGCUACAGUGACAUACAUAGUUUUUCAUAAACUUCAAAAAGAUCAUCCUUCCAAAAUCCUGAUCAACUUGUGCACAGCACUGCUAAUGCUAAACCUGGUAUUUCUGGUCAAUUCUUGGUUGUCAUCAUUCCAGGAAGUGGGACUUUGUAUCGCAGCAGCAGUGGCACUUCAUGACUUUCUGCUUGUUUCUUUGGCAUGGAUGGAUCUAGAGGCAGUACACAUGUAUUUUGCUCUAGUCAAAGUCUUCAAUAUAUACAUUCCCAAUUAUAUCCUUAAAUUUUGCCUAGUUGGUUGGGGAAUCCCAGCAAUUAUGGUGGCAGUCGUUACAGUGUGAACGAAGAAAGAUCUGUACGGAACUCUGAGCUCCACAUCUCCUUUUUGUUGGAUUAAAGAUGAUUCUCUCUUUUACAUCUCAGUUGUAGCUUAUUUUUGCCUCAUAUUUCUCAUGAAUUUCUCCAUGUUCUGCACUGUUCUUGCUCAACUGAAUUCCAUGAAAUCUCAAAUCCCAAAGACUCGACAGAAGAUGAUCCUCCAUGGCCUCAAAGGCACAAUAAGCCUGACGUUCUUACUUGGCUUCACCUGGGGGUUUGCCUUUUUUGCCUGAGGACCUGUGAAGAUCCCUUUUUUGUAUCUUUUUGCCAUACUUAACACUUUACAAGGAUUCCUCAUUUUUGUGUUCCACUGCAUGAUGAAGGAGAGUAUGCGGGAACAGUGGCAGAUACACUUCUAUUGCAGGUGGUUGCGAAUGGAUAACUUUUCUGUUGGGAGCAGCAGAUGUAGGCUAAAUGUUGGGUAUAAACAAGAAAGGCUGAAGAAAACCUUCAAGCACAAAUUGUUGAUGCCAUCCCUCAAGUCAACUGCAACUAGUUCUACUUUCAAAUCUUUAGGUUCUGUGCAAGGCAUGCCUUCAGAAAUAAGCUCCCCAAAUGAUGACUUUGAUGAAGAUCCCUACUGUUUCUCUCCCUUGAGUUGUGAUGUUGUACCUAAUUGUGUCAGAAGAAAAUUACCUGUGGAAAUCAAAAUGAAUUAUAUUCACAAACGAAGAUUUCUUUAA